UUUUCGUGUUGAAGCAAAGCGAUACAUCCUGUCACGAUACUUUGGCUUUUUCAACAGUAUAGAGAGAAGUCUGUGAAACAUCCCUUCUCUACAUUAAGUGGAGUUGAAAAGGUCCGUCGUCACGUCCAAAACUUUACGUUAAGACAGAGGCAGAAGUCAACGUUAUUCGGUGGCUAGAGGCAUCGUUUUUGACAACUACGUAACGUUAGCUUCAAGCUAACCAAGCUGUUCUUCUGAGUUUUUCACUUACCGGGAGGGAAUGGAGAAAGCUAAACAAGUUGCAUUCGACAGUGCCAGACUCCAAGUGAUCAAAGAUGGCUAUGAAAGGGCCUUUGAGUGCAUAAAUAAAGGACUGUCUGUAGAUGAAUCCGGGGACAAGACACAUGCCCUGGAGCUCUACAAGCAGGGGAGAAAGCACCUCCUCAGGGCCAUCAGUGUGCCAUCCCAGGGAGACGAGUGUUAUGGCAGCUCCUGGGAAUCAGCCAGGCAGAUGCAGCAAAAGAUGCAGGAGACGCUGGACAACAUCACCACUCGACUGGCCAUUCUGGAGACCAGCUCUGACCUUGGAUCUGCACCUACACUGAAUACUAGCAGUGGAUCUGACCCUGAUGUUGCAGACACGUCUAAAGAAGGUCUCUAUCCAAAACUUUCUUCCAAAAACAAACCAGAUCCACUUUCUGCUAGCAGCCAGGCAGCAGGGGCUGUAGGAGGCGUGUCUGCCUGCAGCAGUAAGGGUCUCCCCCUCUCACCCACCAGACAGCAUGUGGGUCCAGUGGAGAAGCCUCCAGUUUACUCUCCUGAGGCGGCUGAAGGCCACCUGUCUGUCUCAUACGGCACAGAUGAGGGGGAGUUGUCUUUGGUUGGGGAAGAGUUCUACAGUCGUACGUCUAACUCAACACCAUCUCCCCAAAGUAUGGGUGAAGAGGGAGAGGAGCUGAUGUACAUCCCUCAUGGUGUACAGAUAUUCUUUGUCACGCCUGAAGGUGAGGUGAGCGCUCCCUCUUACCCGGGCUACCUGCGGCUGGUGAAGUUUACCAGUGACCAAUCCGACAGAAUGCCCAACCGCCCACCAGCUUUUCUGCAGGUGUGCGACUGGCUGUAUCCUCUCAUGGCCGUGGACUCCCCCGUGUUGCUCUGUAACACUGGUGUGUUUAUGUUUCCGGACAUGAUGGCGCCGGCUCCAGGUUAUUAUGUCGGGGUGGUGCUGUCCGCUGAGCUGUCUGCGGCUCACAGAGCGCUGUUCCAGGACCUGCUGUCCCAGAUGACAGAUCUCAGGGUACAGGCUCCAGAAGAAGCUGCAGAGACCAUUAAUCUCAGUCAGAAGGUGUCCAUCGCUACGCCUCAGGAGACUGCAACAGGGGUCACAGAGGAGGAUGAGAACGAGGAGGGGAAGGCUCUGCCUGAGUGGAGUGAAAAGGUGGCAAGCGGGAUCCUGACAGGUGAGGUCAAU